AAUGUUGGCGAUCUAAGGGACACCAGAAAAGAAAGCACAGGACCCUUUAGGUAUCUCUUAGGACUGCUUUGGAUCCAGGAGCUACCCUGACUCGUCCCCUGAGGAAGACCAAAAGGACUACAAAGCCCUGAAAAUGUAGUUUUCAAGAACAAACUACAGUCUCUUUUAAACUGAGAGUCUUUACAAAUUAAUGGUGCAUCUUAAGGAGUGCAGAGAGAUCUUGAUCCGAAAUAAAACUGUUUGAAGUCAAGCAUCUGAGGAGUUGUUUACUCCGAGGAACCCUGUGAGGAUCCUGAACUCCUGAGAAGAUCAUAGAAGAACCUAUACAGGAACCCUGAGACCCUUUUGGGUUAGUGAUGGGCACCUUGCGGGACCUCCAGUACGCCCUGCAGGAGAAAAUCGAGGAGCUUCGGCAGCGGGACACACUGAUCGACGAACUGGAGCUAGAGCUGGAUCAAAAGGAUGAGCUGAUCCAGAGGUUACAGAACGAGCUCGAUAAGUACCGCUCUGUUCUCCGACCCGCAACCGCCCAGCAGGUCCAGGCCCAGCAGCAGAACCUGGUCCUGCAGCCGGACCAGCAUCGCAGCAAACGACAGGCCAUCUCUGCCGAGCCCACCGCCUGUGACAUCAGCGACUUGAGCCACGUGACCCUGCCCUUCUACCCCAAGAGUCCACAGUCGAAGGAGAUGAUAAAGGAGGCCAUCUUGGACAAUGACUUCAUGAAGAACCUGGAACUGUCUCAGAUCCAGGAGAUCGUGGACUGCAUGUACCCGGUGGAUUACGGGAAGGAUGCUUGCAUCAUCGAGGAGGGGGACGUGGGCUCUCUGGUCUACGUCAUGGAAGAGGGGAAGGUGGAAGUGACCAAAGAGGGGAUGAAGCUGUGCACGAUGGGACCGGGUAAAGUCUUUGGAGAGCUCGCCAUCCUCUACAACUGUACACGGACGGCCACUGUGAGGACUCUGGUUCACGUGAAGCUGUGGGCGAUCGACCGUCAGUGUUACCAGACCAUCAUGAUGAGAACCGGACUCAUCAAACACGCCGAAUACAUGGACUUCCUCAAAAGCGUUCCAACCUUCCAGGGUCUUCCAGAGGAAACUCUCAGUAAACUGGCCGAUGUCAUGGAGGAGACCCACUAUGGCGAUGGCGAGUACAUCAUCAGGCAGGGAGCUCGAGGAGACACCUUCUUCAUCAUCAGUAAGGGGAAGGUGAACGUGACACAAGAGGACUCAGCCAAUCAGGAGACAGUUCACCUCAGAGAGCUCUCCCGGGGCGACUGGUUUGGAGAGAGAGCGCUGCAGGGAGAGGACGUGAGAACUGCCAACGUCAUCGCUGCUGACUCUGUCACCUGCCUGGUCAUCGACAGAGACUCAUUCAAGCAUCUGAUUGGAGGCCUCGACGACGUUUCCAACAAAGGUUACGAGGACGCUGAACUGAAGGCCAAGUACGAGGCAGAGAACGCCUUCUUCUCCAGUCUGAAGCUGACCGACUUCAACAUCAUCGACACGCUGGGAGUAGGAGGGUUUGGACGCGUUGAGCUGGUUCAGCUGAAGAGCGACGAGGCGAAGACGUACGCCAUGAAGAUCCUGAAGAAGCGUCACAUCGUCGACACGAGACAGCAGGAACACAUCCGCUCUGAGAAACACAUCAUGACCGAGGCGCACUCCGACUUCAUCGUCAGGCUGUACCGGACGUUUAAAGACAGUAAAUAUCUCUACAUGUUGAUGGAGGCGUGUCUGGGAGGAGAGCUGUGGACUAUUCUGAGGGACAGGGGUUCGUUUGAAGAUUCAACCACCAGGUUUUAUACGGCCUGCGUGGUCGAGGCCUUCGCCUACCUGCACACCAAAGGCAUCAUUUACAGAGACCUGAAACCUGAAAACCUCAUCCUGGACAGCCGAGGAUACGCCAAACUGGUGGAUUUUGGUUUUGCCAAGAAGAUCGGUGUCUGUAAGAAGACGUGGACGUUCUGUGGCACGCCGGAGUACGUCGCUCCAGAGAUUAUUCUGAACAAGGGUCACGACGUCUCUGCAGAUUAUUGGUCCCUGGGUAUCCUCAUGUAUGAGCUGCUAACAGGAAGUCCUCCGUUUUCAGGUCCAGAUCCGAUGAAAACGUACAACAUCAUCCUGAGAGGCAUCGACAUGAUCGAGUUCCCCAAGAAGAUCACCAAGAACGCUGCUAACCUCAUCAAGAAGCUCUGCAGAGACAAUCCUUCAGAGAGACUGGGAAACCUGAAAAACGGAGUCAAAGACAUCCAGAAGCACAAGUGGUUCGAAGGUUUUAACUGGGAGGGUCUAAGGAAAGGAACUAUGACUCCGCCCAUCACACCUGAUGUUUCCUCACCCACGGACACGAGCAACUUUGACAAUUUCCCUGAAGACACAGACGAGCCGCCGCCAGAUGACAACUCUGGGUGGGAUUACGACUUCUAGUCCGGCUCACAGCUCCGUGGGGUUAAAGUGGAGAGCAACAAUGGCUCACCUGAUAAAACCAGGACGGACUUGAAGGGCCCGUGUUGUUUUUAAGCAUGCCAGACCUUGGACGAAUCAAACUCUGGACCCCGUUGUGUCCUAAAGAGUAAGGGAUGAACAGAAAAGGUCUAGUGGCCUGAUUAUCAAACUGGUCUCACCUUUGGCUGCCAGAUCAUCUGAGAACCUGGAGAAGACCUGUGUCCUAGACCGGGUCUGCUUGUCUACAAUUCUGUCUGAGCAGUAAAUGAGUCCUGGGGAGAAGCAUGCAGGGGUACAAGUAAGUGUUUGACUUCAGUGACCUGGGAAAGUCACUCUACCCACUCCAGGUUCCAGACUCCCACCAGAACUCAGUCCAAAGCUGCUGAUUGAGUCCUUUUACUCAGAAGAUCGUCAAUUCCCCGCUAGGCUGCAGCAGAAGCGCGGGUAUCCUCACCCGUCUGCAGUCGUUCAGGCACUACAGUCCUUGUUCUAGCUCCUGUACACUUCUGCUGGUGAUGACAUCUGAAGACAGGAUGCUUGGAUCCAUCAACAGGCAGGAGCUGCUGAGCCUCUCAGAAGCUGCACCUCCACCAAAAGUUUCCAAGAUUUGUUGUCCCAGGACGACUUUUCAAGAGACUACAGCACUAAAGUCUGUAUCCAAAAGGUCUAACAGCUAGUUUACCUUUACAUGUUCACAGAUAGCCAAUCAGAAGUCCAUCCACUCCUGUUCAUUAUUACUUCAGCCGUAUCCAACAGAGCUGCAGAACUCCUCAUCCAGAAUGUGCCUCGAGAAUUAAACUUCCACCAAUUUUAGCGAAACCAUACAGUGCACUAGCUUCAUCAGGAUGCUAACUAGCUAACAGGCUAACUUUUUCAGUUGCAGAUGUUGGUUGUCAAAUGAGCUUGUUUGAUAUUUAAGAAACCUGCUCCUUUGCUUUAUACACAGUCAGAUCAUCCUGACAGUUUGGCAUGUUUUUAUAAAUUUAAGUGAAAGGUAGGAGGCGUUGUAGUAAACCACAGAAGCGGCAGAUUUUAACGUAAUCAUCACCUUUGAAACUUGCCACUACGGUAAUUGCAGUUGCCUACUGCACACCUGAUAUCUACAAGAGUACCUUGAUGCAGACAAGAUGGCCGACAUACAUCCAAUCCAUACCGGAAGUCUCAACCGGAAGUCCGUAGGUCUAAGGUCAGGCUUAGGCAUUAAAACCCGCGUGGUUGGGUUCAGGGUAAGGCAGUGGGGAAGGGGAUAGAUUUGAGAUCCAGCACCAAGGGUUAGGCUUAGGCGCGAUAAAGACUGACAACAAUGGCUCUACCAGUGUUUAAGACUCUGAAAAACUACUUCCUGUUUCAUGGCAAACAAAAACUCCCCAUGACUAUGUUAUUUGAUGCGACUUGAACUUAAGAUGGCCAGAACCCAUUGGCAGGCAUCAACACCGACUACAACUGCCAUUUUUCAUCUUCAUAUUACAUUUCUGUUCACCAUGAAACAGGAAGUAGAAAAGGUGAAACUAACAAUAACCACAUGUAUUUUUUAUAUGACCACAUUAGUUCAGUUCUGACAGACCAGAAUUUCAUCUACUAGAUUAGGAAGCUGGGAUUAAGUUUGUGGGAUUAAUGCAUUGAAGGCUGCAGAUUUAUGACAUUUGUGUUUUUUUCACGUUACUACGAUGGCAGGUGCUACACAUCUUAGCUUAACACAUGUUAGCUCACACUGGGUGCUGGAAUGCUGGCAUUAUUUGGCCGUUCAUUAAAUAGUUCACAAACAGGCAGGCCAACAUUUUCAUCCGUUUGUUACCAUGCAGUGUUUUUGUCCUGAUGAUUCUCUAAAUGCAAAUUCUAACCUGCUAGUUGGUCUAAAACAAACUCAGGUCAUUUCUAUUCAUCCAUAAAGACCUGUAGGAGACACUAGGAGGCAUCAGUCGCACAUCUGCAGAUCUACACUAUCCAGUCACACAGAGUGAAUCGAAACACUGAUAUGAGGGAAAGUCUUCUAAAUGCUGCAAGUACAGGACCCGUGUUUAGUCCUGCAAUCCAGCUCACAAAGUGGCAGUACUUCCUGAGUGUUCUUAGACUUGAGGGAUCUUCAGGGGGUCUUUGAGAACCCAACGUUAUUUAGACCCCACUGUGGACGCCUAAUGAGAGUUUCCCUUUAACCUGGGAGAGAGUUCUGGCAGUGGAAAGGCCAUGACAGGGCUUCCCUUCAAAGAGACGAGGCUGAUUUACAGGGCAAGAAGAGUCGAGUGAGACCCAGACCUUCAUUUUUCUCAUUGCUUCUCUGCUAGCUUGGUGCACACUCUUCAGCAAAAAGGUUUUGAUGGAGUGGACAAACAGCAACCGGGGCUGGGUGUUGGACACCCAGAGGGUCUAGAACGGAUCUGCCCCAUGUGGCCUACCAGAGACUUUGCAGCCACGUUGUUCUGCAGAUGAUGAUACCCUCUGUUCAAGUGUCCUUGAUCCCUGAUUCUUGAUGCUUGUGCCCUUAGAGGGACUUUUUCACAGCCACUGCCCGUCCUGUGAACCUGCUGUUUGUGGUGAACAGACUCCAGACGGUCUAGAAGGUCUUUGGAGCUGCGUCCACAUUUAAAACCUGCAUUCGGCUCUUCAACCGAGGGCUAAAGGAUGAAUCCUGGUCUAAGUAGCAAACUAUCUCCACCGACCUGGGAAGAAGAAGUCAACGUAUGGAUGGACAGAAAACCUGGAAGUCACCGUGAUGCCUUCGCCUCUCGACUCACUGGUUCCUAGGACUGAAGGACACAAAGGUUUGGUCUGUAGCAUCUGUAGUCCUCGUCCUGAACAACGAGCAGACUUUUAACUUUCUCACUUUCCUUUUGCUGGGACUCUUUGAUGGCAGCGUGACAGAAAUAUUUUGUACAUAUUUGCGAGCCUUCCUACAUGAACACACUCCACUUACACAGACACACGCGCAGCUUUGUCACAUUUAUUCAUGCUGGUGUUUUUUCCCUGAUCUGUCAACACUUAGAGUUAGUGGGGCUGUUUCUGUGUGGAUCUGAGGCUGAUAACAGGGUUAGCUGCUUUAAACCUGCUUCUCCUCUCUGCUGGAGCUCUCUGGAGACUUAGACCAACAUGGAGUAGCUGUGGGAGGGGCUUUUCUUUGAUUUUACCUUUUUUAAUUUUUUUAAAGAUUUGUUUUUUGCCUUUACUCGAUAGGACAGAGGAUAGAGUUGGAAACAGGGAAGAGAGCGGGGAGAGACAUGCAGGAAAUAACGCUCAAACCCGGGUCGCCUGCGUAUAUGGCACGCGCCUUAACCACUCGACCACCAGUGCGCCUCUUAUUUAACCUGGUAAAGAAACAUUGAGAUCUCAACCAGCUCUCCUAGGGCAGGGGUGUCAAACUCAAGGCCCAGGGGCCAAAUCCGGCCUGUUAUACCCGUAUCAGAUCAUACUUUUAUUCUAACUGGUCCACCAGUAUGAGGUCUGCAGAUCUCCUCCAGUAUAAAAAUGUAAAUUUGACCUCGUUGGUUUGAAAUAUUCUCGUUAAGUCAUCCAAAUUUGAAAAAGGAAAGAGAAAAAUGAGUUAAAAAGCCAAGAAAGGGGAAAAUAAAAUUAACUUUUGUUUUCAUGUCAAUCUUCAACUUUGCAUCUCAUGACUUUUAAAAUUUUAAGUGAC